AUGAAUGAUAUUGCUCAAACUGGAAAAUCAUAAGCCUCUGCUUAAGAUAUUCAUUCAAAAAUAGAGAGUCAAUUCUUAUAACGAUAUGCGCAUUAUUUAAUUGGGGAUGAGUUUGAUUCGUUUCUUACUCCAUCAUUUGUCCAUAUGUUACAUAUUCUGGAUUCAAAAAAAGUGAGUUGUGAAUAGUUGAUAAAUUACAAGACACAACAAAUUAAUGUAAUUUGCUCUAGUUUUAAAGUAGAAUCAAAACACGGAGAGUCAAGUAUUUUUUGCAUUGAGAAAUUUCACUUUUAAUUCAUUUUCCUUGAUGUUUGAUCAGAAAUUAGAAAAUACAAACGUUUAUACUAAGGAAGAAUAUUUUCGAUCAAUUAGAACCACGUAUAAUUCAAUAAUAGAGUAGACAAGACCAAGCCAAUCGAAGACAUCAAUUUGUGCAUAAUCCGUCUAACUCUUUUAAUCAGGACAAGCAGGAAUAGCAUUAGCACAACUUCUAUGAGUUAUAUUCCAAUAAAUUAGCUAAGGAUCAAGGAGAGAUACUUUAAGGAGAAAUAGUGAUAUUUGAGACCAGAAUUAAAUAUCCAGCUAACAAGGCCAAACAACUGUGUUACGAGAUCAAACAGAAAAUAGACAAUCUAUUCAGAUCAACUGUAAACUAAACAUUAAUUUGAAGACUAGGUAACAUCAGAUUAUUAGAUCAGAAUAUANUAUAAAAAUGCCUGUAAUUAGAUCCAAAAAAUAGGAUUACACCUGAAGAAGCCCUAUAUCAUCCUUUUAUUAAUAUAGCCAUGGCAAAUACACAAACUAAAAAAGUUUGA